AUGCUCAGCUCGUGUCUUUUCUCAAAUGCUUUUAAGCUUCUGGUGAAUGAUGAUAUUCAACGUCAUAUGGAAAGUGGAGAAUCAAUAAAGAAAACUUUCUCAUGUGUACCUGAUGCUGUGCUACCCCAUAAAUUUCAAAUUUGUGUUCGAUUUCGAGACAUCAUAAACGGGAAAGAAAGAAUUGCUUGA